AUGUCCAGCUCGCCGCCAAAGAAACACGUCGCGUCGCGGUAUCUGGAGACCAUUGGUGGUCCAUUACAGCCAUCGGUUAAGCUGAAUGCUCAAGUUUCACCAAUGGGUCCAAAGACCCCGUCUAAAUCUACAAACUCUGAACAGAGCUACAAGGAACAAUUAUCACCAGUGAAGAGACUGGUUUUUGAAAGAGAACAAAGAAAUAAUGGUGCUGAUUCAGGUCCCGUUGCUGCUAAUGCUAAUGCUAAUGCUAAUGCUAUUCCUGUUACGCCAAAUACUCAAAGAAUUCAACAAUCCAUGGCUAACUUGAAAUUGGAUAGUCCUUCACCUUUGAAAAGAACUACAUUCAAGCCAGUGGAAAGUAAACCAAGUGCUGUAUCGGCUCCUGUAUCUGGUAAAGAGAAAAAAGGUUAUGAUUAUCUGUGUAGAAUUGGUGAAGCUAAGGAAUGGAUUGAAAAAUGUAUUGGUGAAGAAAUCCCAUCUGCAUCUCAACUGGCAACAGAUGCUUUGAGAGAUGGUGUUAUAUUAGCUAAACUAGUCAAAUCUUUUAAACCGGAAUUGGUUAGAAGAAUAACUCCUUCAGGUACAAGAUUACAAUUUAAACAUACUGAAAAUAUUAAUGUUUUUUUCCAUUUCUUAGAUUUUGUUAGAAUGCCUGAUUUAUUCAGAUUUGAAUUAACUGAUCUUUAUGAUAAAAAAAACAUACCAAGAGUUAUAUUUUGUAUUCAUGCUUUAAGUUUUAUGUUAUCUCAAGAUUCUCAAGCUCCUUUAAUUGAAAAAUUAGAUGAAAAAAAAUUAAAUUUUACUGAUGAAGAUAUUCAAAAAUCAAACCAUAGUUUAUCUGGUGUUAAUUUACCAAAUUUUGAUUCAAUGAAUAAACAAUUUGGUCGUGAAAUUCCAAAAUCUCCUAAAAAAUUAUCAAUUCCUUCAUUAAAGGAAGCAGCUUUAGAACAAGAACCAUUAUCAUUAAAUACAACAACUACAAGAGAACUACCUUCACCACCUCCAAGAUCACCAAAAUCUCCUUCAAAAUUAAUGAGUAAAUUUUCUGAUAAUCCAUUUUUAGAAUCUGAUAAUAAUCCAGAUUGGAAACCUCCAACUUUUGGUUUGAAAAAAUUUAAUUCAAAUCCUAAACCAAUUGAAAUUGAAACUAAACCAAUUGAUAUCCCUAAACAAAAAACUGUUCAACCUGAACCUGAAUUAGAAAAUGAACCUGAUUUUGAAAAUUCAUUAAGAAGUGGUUAUAAUUUAUCACCAACUAAAACUCAAAAAAUGUCAGAAUUUGAUUAUUUACAAACAAUAAUUAAAUUUCAAUCAAUUUCAAGAGGUUCUAUUUUCAGAUAUAGUAUGUUUGUUGAUCGUAUUAUGCUUAGAUCAAUGACUGAAGAAAUUGUGGAAUUACAAUCUUUAAUAAGAAGAAGUAUUAUUAAGAAACGUUAUUUUAAAGAUACUUCAUCAAUUGUUAAUUAUGUACCAGAUAUUAUUAAUUUACAAUCAACAAUUAGAACUAAAUUACAAAAAAGAAGAAUUUCAAGUGUUACAAAUGCACAACCAGAUUCUAAAACAAUUGAAUUACAAAGUCUUUGUCGUGGUAAAAAAAUUAGAGAUCAUGUUUUGGAAAUUAAAAUGUCAUUAUUGAAAAAUGAAUUUAAUAUAAUUGAUAUUCAAUCAGCUUCUAGAAAGAAAAUUUCGCGUGAUAAAUUUGAAAAAUCACAAUUAUCUAAAGACUAUAUUAUUAAAUUCCAAUCACAAGCACGUCGUGUAUUAUAUACCAAAAAAAUUAAAACUGCAGUUAGUGAAGCUCAUUCUUCAGAAGAUGUUUUAUUAAUUUUACAAUCUGUUAUUCGUGCAAAUACUAUAAGACGUCAAGUUGAUGAAAAAUUUACCGUUUUGGGAGAUUUCACACCAACUUUAAUUGAAUUACAAUCAAUUAUAAGAGGUGGAUUUGGUAGAAAUAAAUUAAAUAAUAUUUUAGAUAUUAUUGAUUAUGAAGAAUUAAAUCUACAAAAAUUAGUUGCAAUUGGUAAAGGUAAAAUUUUGAGAAAACAAAUGAUUCAAGAUAAACAAAAUUUAAAAUAUUUAACACAUUCAGUGAUUUGUGUUCAAUCAACAGUACGUGGUGUUUUAUCAAGAUAUGGAUUUGAUUUAUUUUUAGAUACCUUAGAUUCUUAUGCUGAAGAAACAACAGGUUUACAAGCUUCAAUCCGUGGUUAUUUACAUAGAAGAGCUAAAAAUGAAGUUAUGGAAUAUUAUAAACAACAUUUACCUUCAAUUAUUAAAAUUCAAAGUUUUAUAAGAGGGAAAUAUUUAGGUAAUGCUUAUAAAUCUUUAAUUUCAAUGGAAAAUCCUCCAUUAUCAGUGAUUAAAAAAUUUGCUCAUUUAUUAAAUAAUAGUGAUGUUGAUUUUGAAGAAGAAGUUAAUUUAACAAGAAUUAAAGAAUCUAUUAAUGAAAAAACUGCAUCAAACGAAUCAUUAGAAAAACAUAUUGGUCAAUUAGAUUUGAAAAUUGCCUUAUUACAAAAAAAUAAAAUUACUUUAGAUGAAUUAUUAUUACAAAAAAAUACAGAUUUAUCUUCAAAUUCAAAUCAACAUCAUUCAACUAUUGAUGUUAGUUCAUUAAAUAGAAAAGCUAAAACAAGAAUGGAAUUAUAUGAGAAAUUUUUCUAUCUUUUACAAACUCAACCACUUUAUUUAACAAGAUUGAUUCAUAAUGAUUAUCGUGGUGUUGAUGUUGCAUUGAAAAUUUUUAAUAAUUUAAGAUCUGAAGAAUUACCAACAAGAGAAGAAUAUUUAUUCAUAAGUUUAAUUGAUUCUUGUAUUAAAGAUUCUAUUUCAAAAUCAAAUGCAAUUGAUUCAUUACAAAAAACUGAUUCUUCAUCAGGUUGGCAAAGAUUAUUAAAUACUUUUAAUGAAACUCAAAGAAAACCAUUAAUUGAUUUAUUUGGUGAAAUGAUUGAAAAUAUAAUGAGUGAUUCACAAUUAAACAUUGAAAGUGAUCCGGUCAUUAUUUAUAAAUAUGUUCAAAAUACACCAAGACCAAUUUCUGUUGAUAAGGCAAUUGAAGAUCCUGAAACAAAAGCUGAAUUCAUUGCAAAUUUACAACAUUUAAGAGAAUUUGGCUCACAAAUUUUCAGGGUUUUAAGUGAUGAAUUUGAUAAGUUGCCAAUUCAUAUUAGAGUUUUAGGUAAUAUUGCUUAUAAGGCAUCUUUGAAAAAAUAUCCAAAUCAUGUUGAACAAGAACAUUUAGCUAAUGCAGGACAUGUUAUUAUUAAAGGUUUUGUUAGUUCAAUUUUUGAAUCACCAGAUUUUUUCAAAAUUAAACCAAUUAAUAUUUCACAAAAUUACAAGAAAAAUUUGAAUGCAAUUAUAAAAUUAAUUUCACAAUUAUUCACAAUGAAACCAUUUGGUUCAGAAGACAUUUAUUUACAACCAUUAAAUAAAUUUAUAAAUUCCUCGGUUGAUGGUGUUCGUUCUUUAAUUAAAAGUAUUAUUGAUGUUGGUGAAAUUGAUACUGUUUAUAAUAUGACAGUUUAUGAUGAUAUGACUGCACGUAAUAGACCAAAAUUAACUUUAAGAAUUUCAGAUAUGUUAUCAAUUGAUGAAUUAAUUAAACAAGAAAUCCAAAUUGUUGCACCAUAUAAAGAUGAUACAUUAAGAGAAAUCAUUCAUGAUUUGAAAUCAAAUAAUGCAAGAGAUAUUUCUAAAAUUAGUGGAUUUUAUACAUUAAGUUUAAAUCCAUCAAGUAUAAAAUCAAGUCCUGAAGAAACUAAAAUCAAAGCAUUAUUUAUGCAAGCUAAAAGAUGUGUUUUAUAUAUGAUUCAAGUUCAACAAGAUCAAAAUGAUUUAUUUGAAUUACUUAGAUCUAAGAUUGAUAAUAUUCAUGAAAUUAAAUUUAGACAAAUUAUUAAUAAUGAAAAACAAAAUAUUCAAAUGAAUAGAGUUAGUGAAUAUGUUAAUGAUGGUCAAGGAUUCCUUGGUGAUUUAAGUAACGUUACAUAUCAUAAAUUAAAACAAUUAUCAUUAGAAAGAAUUUUAGAAUUAGAAUCAAUGGGUAAAGUUACAAGAAAUAAUUCAUUUCAAAUUUUAAUUAAUGAAAUUGCAUAUGAUAUUAAAACAAAAUAUGAUCAAAGAAUUUCACGUAAAAAGCAAUUAUCAAUUGCAGAAAAUACAUUAAUUAGAUUAGAUGAAAAAGAGAAAUUUUUACAAGAUCAAUUAAAUGCAUAUAAUUCACAUAUUGAUAAAUCAAUGGAAGAAUUACAAUCAAGACCAACUAAAACUAAAAGAAUAUUACCAUUUACAAAACAAUUUUUCUAUGAACGAGAAUUGAAAAAAACUGGUAAAUUACCAAAAUUUGGUGCAUAUAAAUAUUCAUCUAAAAGAUUAUAUGAAAAAGGUAUAUUAGUUGAAUUACGUGGAUUAGAUCAAAAUUUAGGAUCAUCAGGUACAUCAUUUUUUGGAGGUUUUAAUUUCCCCAAAAUUGAUUUCAUGUUUAAUUGUGAUAAAGCUGGAAUUUUUACAAUAUCAAGUAAAAGUGGUACAUUAGCAGUUAAUGGAUCAUUAGCCACGCUAACAAUAGAUGAAUUAUUAGAAUAUCAAUUUGAAAAUAAUCCAUCAAUUUCAUUAUUUGAUGGUAUGGUUAAAUUUGAUACAAAUUGUUUAAUUAAUUUUAUUUUCAAGAAAUUUUAUCAUUAUAGUGAAGGAAAUUAA